AUGGAGAGGCGGAAUGAGGACAAGCGUGAGCUGUCAGAACAAUCUGACAGCCGUACCUCCGCAGUUGGUAUUUCCAAAGAAUCUCAGAACAGGGAUGCUGGAGAAUCAAAGCUGCCACAUGAGGUCAAUCGUAUACUAGCUGCUUGCGAGGAUCCCCACGAUCUAGAUCUCUUGAUCAGACUGGCAACUUCUACCGGUGGCUUGAUCAACGACGAGGUACGGAAGGUGGUCUGGCCACUUUUGCUGGGCUACAGAAGCGAAGAGUCUGAGCUCACCGGCUCUGCUCGCUACCCGCUGGAUCUUCCAAUCCAUAAAGAUGAAGAUCAAGUCGAGCUUGAUGUGAACCGGUCCUUCAUCUACUACCCGAAAGACGAAUCGGAAAGGCAGCUUGAUCGACGGAAACGCGAGCUUUCGUCGGUGAUCAUUCAAGUCUUAAGGGAACACCCGAUGCUUUCCUACUUUCAAGGAUUCCACGAUAUCGUUCAGGUCUUUCUACUUGUUCUUGGUGUCGAUCGAGCGCCCACAGCUGUCGCUCAUAUCUCACUCUUACGUAUUCGUGAUUUCAUGCUGCCUUCGCUCUCGGCAUCCCUUGAACAUCUGAACCUACUGCCGACCAUCCUCUACGCGGUGGAUCCGAAGCUCUGCCUCCAUUUGUCACAGACGCGGCCGUUCUUCGCCUUGGCGGCUACACUUACUUUGUACGCUCAUGACAUUCAGGAGUAUGGUGACAUAGCUCGACUGUUUGACUUUUUGAUCGCGCAACCAGCUGUUGUCUCCAUCUACUUCUUUGCCGUUAUCAUACUCUCGCGCCGCGAUGAACUGUUUGAGAUCCCUGCGGAAGAACCCGAGAUGCUUCAUUCGGUCCUGUCCAAGCUACCCAAGCCUCUGAACUUGGAAGCUCUGAUCUCCCGGGCGAUGACGCUAUUUGAGGAGCAUCCUCCGGAAAGUCUGCCGUUAAGAGCUUGGGCGAAGAUCUCAGUUUACAGCGUCCUAAAAACCACAAGAGAAUCUGUCAGAAACCAGACUCUCGAGGACGGCGAAGACCUGUUCGAAUACCAGGCAUUACAGCUACGGAGAGAAGAGUUGCAGAAACGAGCAAUGGCAACUAUAUGGAAAUACAGACGUCCUGCUAGUCGAAUGGGGUUGGCAUUCUUGGUCGGUAUCUUUUCGAUAUGGUUUAGCAGAAGAGUGGGACUGGAUCCCAGUUUUGGUCUAAAGAAGGUAUUGGAAGUCUUCAGGAAGUUUCGUUGGAAACUAGUGACCUUGGCCUACAAAAAAGGCAACUUAGCCGAUCUCGAGCUUGGCGACACGUUUGUCAAUCGACGCUCAGCUCCGCCAUUCACAGUACCUCACCCAGGACAAAGAAAAGACGUCGAUGAAGGGGGCGAUCUGGGUCAUACAGACCUCCAACAAGACGACCUCGAAUUCCAUUCUUCCAACUUCAACGACCCAUCGAACCCACGCUCCAAAAUACUUCCAGACACAUCCACUCCCUUCGGCAGCACCCAAAAUCCCACACCGUCCAAACGUUUCCUCUGGACCCUAUCAUUCUAUGCCCAAUUUUUCGAUGUCGAUACAUCAGAAGUGCUCCGCCGCUGUACCUCGUCUCUCUACCCGCGUGCCCCGUUCCUGGAUAUUCUAGACGGAAACCCCGAUCUCUACGGCCCGUUCUGGAUCGCUACGACGCUUGUCUUUAUACUUUUCAUCACAGCUACUAUGAGUCAAUACCUGAGCCGGAACCAUGAUAUCCAUUUCGAAUACAAUUUCGCCCUGCUCAGCGGCGCCGCGGGUUUGAUUUACGGUUACACGGGCUUCGUCCCUGUUGGACUAUGGGCCUUGCUGCGGUGGUUUGGAGCCGAAUCCGCAACACUCGUCGAAUGUUGGGCGUUGUAUGGGUAUGCGAAUGUGAUAUGGAUACCCGUGGCCAUCAUCAGCUGGAGUCCGAUUUCAAUGUUGAACUAUGUCUUCACUGCGUUAGGGUUUGUGGUGAGCGUUGCGUUUCUGGUCAGGAAUCUGUGGCCGGUUGUGAGUGUUACAGACGCGAAGAUUAGUCGGGUGCUGGUCAUUGCGGUGGUGUUGUUGCACGCGGGAUUGGCUAUUGCGAUCAAGUUUACAUUCUUCGCACAUGGCAGUCCCGCUGUAAAGGUCACCAAGCCGAGUGGCGAUGGAGUUGGAGCCACGAAUACGACAAGACCUUUAGAACCAUCCUUCAAGCUCUUUAUUCCAAAAGCCUUCCCUGCACAAAUGGCGCCCAAAAAGAAAGGCAACAAGAAGGGCAACGACGACUGGGAAGCAGACUUGGGUGAAACCCCGGAUCCUAUCGCCGCCGCAGCCCAAGAAGCCAAAGAGGUUGAAGCAGCCCGAGAUGCCGAACCUGAUGAAGCUCCUGGUGGAGGAGGCGGUCUACUGGCUGCACUCAAGAAAAACAAGUCUAACAAGAAGAAGAAAGGCAAGGUUGUGGAGGAAGACUAUGUGAACGGCGAAGAUCCUCCCACAGCGGAUGGUGUCAACGGUCAUGUCGAACCCAAUGGUAUACAAGACCUAGCCUUCACGGCACCUGAGGAGGCUACGACAGAGGACCUAUUCGAUGAGCAGGUUACGAAGGCCAAGAGUGGGAAGGGUAAACAGGGGAAGAAAGAAGGGACACUAGUGCCCAACGAGGACGAGGACGGAGAGGAUACAGAAGAGGGGGGCACAGGAGGGGUCAAGAGUAAGAAGGAGAAAGAGAAGGAAAAGAAAGAGAGAGAGAAGGCGAGGAAGAAAGAGCAGGCUGCUGCAAAAAAGAAACAAGGAGGUGCUCUUCCGGCACAAAAAGAGGAGCCUGUGAAGCCCGUAGUCGAAGCGAAGUCUGAGGCUGCCUCAGCUGCCGAUGCAGGGAAAGGAGGAAAGAAGAAAUUACCGCCCGCCCUUGCAGCACUCCAGAAACAACAGGAAGCUCUGAGAAGACAGCAAGAGGAGCAAGAAAAGGCAGAUGCCGAAGAGAGAGCCCGGAUAGAAGAAGAGGAGCGAUUAGCGGCGGAGGAAGAAAAGAGGAAAGAGGAUGCUCGAGCGCGGAAGAAGGAGAAGGACAAGGAGAAAAAAGAGCAGUUAAAGAAAGAGGGCAAGUUGAUGACACCAGCCCAACGGGAAGCGCAUCGGCGGAAUGAAUUGAAGAGAGAACAAAUGCUUGCCGCCGGUGUAAAGGUUGCAGGACUGGACGAGGAACCUGCGGAGAAGAAGAAGCCGGUGUACGAUAACAAGAAGAAGAAGGGACUGAAGAAGCCAGGCGACGAUGCCAGAAUACAGGAAGAAAAAGAAGCUGCCGAGGCAGAAGCUCGGCGGCAAGCUGAAGAAGCGGAGCGUCUGAGGCUAGAAGAAGAGGAGAAGGCGAGGGCUGAAGCUGCGGCGGCAGCAGCAGCAGAGGAGCCCGAAAGUGACGGCCUCGAGGACUGGGAGGCUGUUGCCGAUGCUGACGACGGUAAUGUUAAAGAGAGCUGGGAGAUGGACUCUGAUGAAGAAGCUGCUGCCUCGCAAUCACCGCCUCGGAAGCCCAGUGCUGUCACUAAUCUUAUGGAACAACUCAAAGCCGCACAAAUAGACCUGCCUUCGAGGCCCGCUCCAUCAGCACAAAAACCACAGCAGAAGCCACAACAGAAGCCAGCUGAAUCCGAUUCCGAGUCGGAUUCAGACGACUCGUCUGCUGAUGCGCAAGGAACAGCCACACAACGAGCGGCUGCACAGAAGAAAGCUGAAGCUGCAGCCAGGAGGCAGAAACAACACGAGGAGGCGCUUGCCGCCAGAUCAAAAGACAACCUCCGUUCUCCUAUUUGCUGUAUCCUGGGUCACGUCGAUACCGGGAAGACUAAGCUAUUGGACAAGAUACGGCAGACUAAUGUCCAAGAAGGUGAAGCUGGAGGUAUCACGCAACAAAUAGGUGCAACCUAUUUCCCAGUUGACGCCCUAGAAGCUAAAACUGCGGUCGUCAACAAGGACAACAGCUUCGAGUUCAAGGUACCUGGUCUUCUGGUCAUCGAUACUCCUGGUCACGAAUCCUUCACAAAUUUGCGAUCUCGAGGAUCCUCGCUAUGUAAUAUUGCCAUUCUCGUUGUCGACAUAAUGCACGGGCUGGAACCGCAGACUCUGGAGUCGAUGAAAUUACUCCGUGACCGGAAAACACCAUUCAUUGUUGCUCUCAACAAGAUCGAUCGUCUAUAUGGCUGGAAGAAGAUUGAUAAUAAUGGUUUUCAAGAAAGUAUGGCCUUACAGAACAAGGGGGUUCAAAACGAAUUUCGAGAUCGCCUCGAAAAGACAAAAGUCGCCUUCGCCGAGCAAGGCUUCAACUCUGAGCUUUACUGCGAGAACAAGUCCCUUGCUAAAUUCGUUUCCUUAGUACCAACAUCAGCGCACACAGGAGAAGGUAUACCAGACAUGCUAAAGCUGCUCGUCAGUCUAACGCAAGAGCGAAUGACCAACAAACUCAUGUAUCUCUCCGAGGUCGAGUGUACAGUCUUGGAAGUGAAAGUCAUUGAAGGUCUAGGCACAACCAUCGACGUCGUCCUAUCUAACGGUGUCCUACGAGAGGGCGAUCGGAUAGUUCUUUGCGGUAUCAACGGCGCCAUUGCCACAAACAUUCGAGCAUUACUCACCCCAGCACCGCUAAAGGAGCUCCGCCUGAAGUCCCAGUAUGUCCACAACCAAGAAUGUAAAGCAUCGCUAGGUGUCAAAAUUGCGGCCAAUGACCUCGAACACGCCAUCGCCGGUUCGCGCCUCUUGGUCGUCGGACCAGGCGACGACGAAGAGGAUAUUGAGGAGGAAGUCAUGUCUGAUAUCGAGAACCUCUUAUCGAAAGUCUCUAAAACAGGACGUGGUGUCAGCGUCCAAGCAUCCACCCUCGGCUCUCUCGAAGCCCUCCUUGAAUUCCUCAAGGUCUCCAAAAUUCCUGUCGCAAACAUCUCCAUUGGCCCCGUCUACAAGCGGGACGUCAUGUCCGCAGGCAUUAUGCUCGAAAAAGCCAAGGAAUAUGCAGUCAUGCUCUGUUUCGAUGUCAAAGUUGAUAAAGAAGCGCAAGAGUAUGCUGACCGGGAGGGAAUUAAAAUUUUCACGGCGGAUAUCAUCUAUCAUCUUUUCGACGACUUUACGAAACAUAUGGCGCAGUUGGCGGAGCAGAAGAAGGAGGAUAGUAAAUUGUUGGCUGUGUUCCCUUGUGUGCUGAAUCAGGUGGCGGUGUUUAAUAAGAAGGAUCCAAUCGUGGUUGGGGUAGAUGUUGUUGAAGGCAACCUCAGACUCCUCACGCCAAUCGCCGUGGUACGGACGAACCCGGUCACCAACGUCAAAGAGGUUGUCAAUUUAGGCAGAGUCCAAUCAAUCGAGCGCGACCACAAACAAAUUCCCAUGGUAAAGCGCGGCCAGCCCUCCGUCGCCAUUAAAAUCGAAGCUCCCAACCAACCUGUCUAUGGUCGACAUUGGGAAGAAAAGGACGCACUCUACUCGUUAAUCUCACGGCAGAGUAUCGAUACUUUGAAGGAAUUUUAUAGGCCUGAUGUCAGCAAUGAUGAGUGGGCGCUGAUUAAGAAGUUGAAGGGGUUUUUUGACAUUCCCUGA